UAGAAAUUGAGUGAAAGCGUGGGCGCCGGCGUCGGCGCGACUAGAGCAGAAUCCCGAACCAGGUGAGCAGGGUGCCAGGAAGGUACUCGAAUAGAAAGGGAGGGGAACCAGUUGCAGGAGCGGCCACAGCCAGUCCUACCUCUCUGAGGUCCAAGCACCCGGGUCUCCGGUGCCAGCCAGAGGUAGUUGGAACUAUAUCUCCCAGCAGGCUACUCGGUGAAAAAGCGAGGAAACCGGGCCAAUGUAUGCCGCAAAGCCUACUGGGAUUGGUAGUUCCCUAUCCUCUAAGGACUUAAAUACCUCGAUGAAUGGCUCCUUCAGCAUGCAAGGCUGGGAGCUCCAAACCCCCUUCCCUCUCCUGGAUAUAGAAGUCCAAGCACUCAGCUACCUCCUCUCUUAGACCCUGCUCUCUCCAGACUUUUUGCUCGAUGGAAUCAGCUCUCUCACUGGCCCUUGGCCACCUUCUAGGAGUCGAUCUGGCGCCCUCUUCAUUUUAGGGACUCGGAGGUUUGAGCAUAUCAUUGCACUUGAGUUCAUCCUUUGUCCUCUCCUUCAGGUGCCUCCAUGGCCGGCUCUGAAGAGCUGGGGCUCCGAGAGGACACACUGAAGGUUCUGGCUGCUUUCCUUAGGCGCGGUGAAGCUGCUGGGUCCCCUGUCCCAACUCCACCCAGGAGCCCUGCCCAAGAGGAGCCAACAGACUUCCUGAGCCGCCUCCGAAGAUGCCUCCCUUGUCCCCUGGGGAGAGGAGCCCCUCCCCCGGAAUCCUCUCGGCCCUGCUUCCUUCCCCUACGCCCCUGCUAUGGCUCUGAGCCUGAAUCCAUAAGUGUCCUGUUCUGUAGACACAAAGAGUUAUUCUUGCCACCAGGUCCAGCGACUUCAGACUUCUAUGCCCUGGUUGCCCAGCGUCUGGAACAGUUGGUCCAAGAGCAACUGAGAUCUCCGCCCAGCCCAGAAUUCCAGGGACCCCCACCCACAGAAAAGGAAGCCCUGCUAAGGAGGCUGGUAGCCUUGCUGGAGGAGGAGGCAGAAGUCAUCAACCAAAAGCUAGCUUCUGAUCCUGCUCUGCACCGCAAGCUGGCUCGCCUGUCAGCAGGCUCCUUCGCCCGCCUCGUGGAACUCUUCUCCAGCCGGGAAGUCAGCUCCUCCCAAAGCUGUGCGAGCCCCUCCUUGCCAUGCCCGGCACCGCCACCGCCAUCCCCGGAGCCACUGGCCCGCCUGGCUCUGGCCAUGGAGCUGAGCCGGCGCGUGGCUGGACUGGGGGGUACCCUGGCCGGCCUCAGCGUGGAACAUGUACACAGCUUUGCGCCUUGGAUCCAGGCCCAUGGGGGCUGGGCAGGCAUCCUGGCCAUCUCACCUGUGGACCUGGAUUUACCCUUGGACUGAGUGCUUCCUCUUCCUCUGAGCUGCUGCAGGAAUGACCACAGCUGCUGGUGACACACAUAUUUC